CCCCGCCCUCUGGGUCUGCGGUCACUGCGCGCGGUGUGACUUGGAAUUUAGGUGCCGGCGGUCGCCGAGGUAGAGAUGGCUGCCGCUCUGCAGCGCAUCGAGCAGCUGUCCAGUCGGGUGGUGCGCGUUUUGGGCUGUAACCCGGGUCCCAUGACCCUGCAAGGCACCAACACGUACCUGGUGGGGACCGGCAGCAGGAGAAUCCUCAUUGACACUGGAGAGCCAUCAGUUCCAGAAUAUAUCAGCUGUUUAAAGCAGGCCUUGGUUGAGUUUGACACAGCAAUCCAGGAAAUCCUGGUGACUCACUGGCAUUUUGAUCAUUCUGGAGGCAUAGUAGACAUUUGUAAAAACAUCAAUAAUGGCACUACCUAUUGCAUUAAAAAACUUCGACGGAAUCCUCAGAGAGAAGAAAUUAUAGGAAAUGGAGACCAGCAAUAUGUUUAUAUAGAAAAUGGAGAAGUGAUUAAGACCGAGGGAGCCACUCUCAGAGUUUUAUACACUCCUGGGCACACUGAUGAUCACAUGGCUUUACUCCUGGAAGAGGAAAACGCCAUCUUCUCUGGGGAUUGCAUCCUAGGAGAAGGGACGACAGUAUUUGAAGAUCUCUAUGAUUAUAUGAACUCCCUAAAAGACUUACUAAAAGUCAAAGCUGACAUUAUAUAUCCAGGACACGGCCCAGUAAUCCAUAAUGCCGAAGCUAAAAUUCUGGAAUAUAUUUCUCACAGAAAUAACCGAGAAGAACAAAUUAUUUCAUUGUUUCGUGAUAACUUUGAGAAAUCAUUUACAGUGACUGAACUUAGGGAAAUGAUUUACAAGGUGACUCCAUCUUACCUGUGCACGGCCACUCUUUACUGCAGUAUCAUUCCAAUGUUCCAGAGAAUUUACAUAAGAUGGCAGAGCGUAAUCUCUUGCUUCAUUUGAAAAAACUAGAGAAAGAUGGGAAGAUAUUUUACACCCUAAGUCCUGACAAGAAAUGGAAAGCCGUCCUUUAGUUUCAGAUCAAUGAAGUUCUGUCUUGUUUUGCUUUUAGAAGAUGGUAUUUUCUUUUAGCUAUCGAUUAUAUAUUUAUAGAAAAUCUCAAAUAUACAACUUCGAAAAUAACCCUGAUAUCUUUGUAAAAUAUGUAAAUUACAUUUUAUAUCUGGAGGACAGGUUACUGAUCUAACCUUGUUCUUAGAAGGUUUUACCAGAAAUUCAGAAUCUAGCACUUUAUCAAUUUCCUAUGGAUUAAGUAAAGUGGUUACUUAAGAAUAAUAAAAUUUGAACAAUUCAAACCAGCUAGUAUUUUAGAGUUUGAUUAUUGUCUUAGUUAGGAUUUCUAUUGCUGUAAAAAGACCAUGGCCAACACAACUCUUAUAAAGAAAAAACAUUUCAUCGGGGCUGGCUUAAAGGUUCAUCCAUUAUCAUCAUGGCGGGAAGUAUGACAACGUGAAGGCAGACAUGGUGCUGGAGAAGGAGCUGAAUUCUACAUCUUGAUCUGAAGUCAGCCAGCAAGAGACUGUCUUGUGCAGGCAGCAAGGAGGAGACUCCCACCCUCACAGUGGCACACUUCCUCUAACAAGGCCACACCUUCUAAUAGUGCCACUCCCUAUGAGCCAAGCAUCAAACACAUGAGUCUAUGGGGGCCACCUCUUCAAACCAGGACAGCUAUUUGUUAGCAUUUGCCAGUAAUACUGCUUACUGUAGCAACUUCAACCAACAGCACAGAUAUCUGUAUUCACAUUUCUCUUCAGCCCUUGUCUAUACCUUUUACAUACCAAAUUUAUUUCACUUUUCUAUCAAUUAUAUCAUUUCAGUUUUGAUUCUACAGCUCUAUGCUAUGUUUAUUUUCUUAUAAUGGUAUCCCAUAAAUGAUUUUUUAAUGAUAGUUGAUCAUUAAAACAUAUUAAAUAUACUAACUUGAAAUAGUAUGUGAUUAAUAAUAAGUAAAUCUUGGAAUAUAAGGACAGAGAAAAAAGAGGGAGGUGAUUGGAGAAGGGAUGGAGAGAAAAAGGUUUAUGGGACAUAUGGGGAGGGGGGAUCCGGGAAAGGGGAAAUCAUUUGGAAUGUAAACAAAGAAUAUAGAAAAUAAAAAUAUUUAAAAAAAACAAAAAAAUAAGUAAAUCUUAAAA